CGCCACCGCCGCCGCCGCCGCAGCCCGCGGGCCGUCCCCGGCCGGCCGCCCCCGGCCCCAGCGCCGCUGACCCUGUCCGCCGCGGGCGGGGACGCGGGCGGAGGAGGCGCCGCCGCGGAGCCCCCGGACGCGACCAUGUCGGAGGUGCUGCCCUACGGCGACGAGAAGCUGAACCCCUACGGCGACGGCGGCGACGUGGGCCAGAUCUUCUCCUGCCGCCUGCAGGACACCAACAACUUCUUUGGCGCCGGCCAGAACAAGCGGCCGCCCAAGCUGGGCCAGAUCGGCCGGAGCAAGCGGGUUGUUAUUGAAGAUGAUAGGAUUGAUGACGUGCUGAAAAAUAUGACAGACAAGGCACCUCCUGGUGUCUAACCCCCCCCCCCAAAGACAAUGAGUUAAAGGGAGAGAAUAAGAACGGCGGUAACAGUCAUUGGCAAAACGCAUGAAAAGAGAAAGCACUUUGAAAUUUAUUACUAGCUUGCUACCCACGAUGAAAUCAGCAACCUGUAUCUCGCGUCAGGCCGGGAGACAGAUGAGGUGGGAGAAGGAGGAGGAGAAGGCUCUGGGCUCCUCAGCAAAAACAAAAAUUAAAAAAAAAAAAUUAAAAAUUUAAAAAUCACUCUAUACACACAUAUAAAGAAAUAAAAAAGACGUCUCAGUUGCAGCUACUUGUCAAAAGUAAUAUCUAUUUCUUUUUAUAUACAGUGAAUAUUGCACAAUGAUAGAUCUGGAUUUUGAGCCACUUAAAUAAUGAAGCGGCAACACCGGGUGUUUUGAAUGUUGGCAUUGUUCGCUGAUUUGGCUGUUCCCAAUGUUUACAUUAUUUAAUCUUGCAAAAAUGGUUCUGUGCACUUGGAUGUGAAAUGCUGUCCAGUUUUCUUUUUUUAUGUUGUUCUCCUUGGAUGUACAAGAAAAAAAAAUCAGCAAAUGAUCUCUAUAGAUAUUGUUUUAUUUUUGGUCAUCUUUUGAAGUUACCAGGAAUGUGUUUAAAACAAGAAGAGAACUUUUCUAAGGAAUGAUACCUAGACUGAAUCCUUGUCUUACUUUAAAAUGACUUGUAAAGCUUGUGUUUCUCUGUUGCUGCAAGCUAUUUGCCCAAGUUAAUGCAAAUGGACACAUUUUAUAUGUCAGGAAAAAAAAAACACACAAAAACAAAGAAAAAAAAAUGCUUGAGCUUUUUCUAACCUCUUCCUGCAGUCUGUUGUGUGAGCAGCCUGUUUUUUCUCUCUAAUAUUGUGUCAGUUUAUUCUCUUCGAUGGGCUGUAAAAAAAAUGUAAUCACAAGAGUGCCAAAUAUCUUGAAAUGCCAAAAGGCAUUUUGGUUUCUUUCUUUUUCCCUGUGCUCUGAGUCCACGUUAAGGAAUGCUUGGAGAGUCUUUUCUGUUAUUUAUAGGGGUUCUCUUAAGGCACACCAGCUGCCUGUUUUGCAUGGUAUUUGCAAAAACGCCUCUUGCGAGAGGAAAUCUUUUACCACUUUUUGUUUGCAACUUUGGACCUCAAGAGGUUUCUUCCCUGCCCUGUUCCCUCUUUUCUUAACUCGAUAUUCUGGAUGUUGCACCUUUAACCAGCACACAGGGCUAUUUCUCCAAUGUACAAUAAAAGAACUGUUCCUGUGUCUCA